AAAAAAACUGUUCUAUUGAAAAGCGAGACGAGGAGCAGCGGAACGUAGAAACUCACACCGGCAACGGGUACAGUUUCCACCCCCUGAAGCCAAGGAAAGGAGGCUAAAUAAUAAUUAAAAAGCCCAAUUAUCCGCCUCCAGCCUCGGAACGAGCAGCAUUUAUCAUCAGCCGGUGGACCGCAGACAAGCCGGGCAGAUGGACACCAGAAACAACUCUGAAGACAAACCUGUCCAACGAUCUAAGUCCUUCAGCUUUAAGACGCCUAAGGAAGUGUGUUCAUCCUGUGAGAAGACGGUCUACCCCAUGGAGAGAUUGGUCGCAGACAACCUGGUCUUCCAUUCCACGUGUUUCUGCUGCAAACACUGCAAAGCCAAACUCAGCUUGGGCAGCUUCGCAGCGCUUCAAGGCGAGUUUUACUGCAAGCCCCACUUCCAGCAGCUUUUCAAAAGCAAAGGCAACUACGACGAGGGCUUCGGACGCAAGCAGCACAAAGAGCUCUGGGCCUCCAAGGAGACAGAUAAUAUAACCAAGUCGCCGUAGACACGUCUGAUUGUGUCCCCCCCAGAGAUCUGCUUCUUCCUUUCACUCCCUCAGCAGAUUACAACACAUUCCUCCUAUGCUGGGGCGCACACACACACACUCCGCUCACACGCUUCUUAAACACCACAUCCAGACAUGAUCACGUUUUUAACGUGCGUUCAGUUUAGUUUUCCUUCAUUUUCUUUGGUAACUGAUUGUGACCAAAAGCCUUGCCUGCUACAGGGAGUGUAUAAAAACAGAAUAAUAAUUUUAUUUUUCGAACCAUAAACGUCAUUUGCACCAUUUUGUUUUCUUUUUGUUGUGGACUACUUUGACUGCACACUCAGGCGAACCUUUCACGCAGAGUUUCGGUGCAUCAUUGUUUGCAGCAGAGCAUGCACUCAGGUCAGUUUUUACAACAGAACACAGCGAUGGUUUUCACGUGUAUGCUGUCAGACGAGCCGGUCUGUGAACAAACAGGGUACAGAGUACUGUAUAAUAACCGUGCACAUGGACAACAGCUCACCUCGUGUUUUUUUGCCGUUCCUUUUCUCGUCCCACGGUCCUUUUCCCCUCCGAACGUCCACCCUCWGUCUCGCCCUUGCAUGUCUGGUCUCAGAAACUUUAUCUGUGCAUAGCUCUGUGGAUUGUGAUAUUUCCCACUUCACCCUUAACUUUGCACAAGUAACUAUUCGACAGAAAACCGAGGCUUCGUCUUGAAUCGUUGAACUGUAAACAUGAAGUUUCAUUCCGUUGUUGUGGAGUUUAUUUCCCCCAGAUUUUCAGCCGUUCAGGUUAAUCCUAAAUGCUGGAAAAAUAAWAGUCACCUGGACUUGUGAGUUUAAGGCGAAUCAGACAGAAAGUAAUGGCCGCCACAGCUCAGCAGCUGUCAGUUUUACAGAUGUUGACACAUAAUCUGAGCGCUAACAUCUCACACGAUUUAGCCAAAAUGGCUACAACUCUUGUCAUUUCUCAACAUAGAAUGAUUUUAGUUUAAAUCUUUGGCUUGAACUGCAGCAGGCGAUAGGCAUUAUGAUUUUUAUAAGAUGGUAAUAUGAAUAACGUGUCCAAUCAUCCCUCUUAGUUCUAUCCUCUUUUAAAUUAARGCCUUUUUUGUGUUAUUAGCUUCACGCAGCUUAGCGAGUGGACCUAUUCUUGUUACUAAAACGUUAGUUUUCUAAUCGGUGGCUGGGUCAUUGGUCCCCUGACGUGUGCCUGCAGGUUGCGUGUAAAAACCCAGCACACAGCGCCCCCUGCUGGAGGAAGUGUGAAUUCAUUCGCUCGUCAACUCAACAUGGCCUUUUUUUUUUUUAAAUGUGUUGCCUCAGUCUUCAGUGCAGCUGCUGCACAUCGACUGCUCUUCAUCCUCUUUAAUUGUAAAACAAAAAKUAAAUAAAUAAAAUCCACUUUUUAUUUCUUUGAACACAGUCUUAAGCCAUUAAAAUAUCUCAUUUUAUAAAAAAAAAUGUGGGAAUAUUUCAGACACUUGAAUGACAUGAUUGCGACUGAAGGUUUACUGUGAAUUUGAGCAUGCUGUGCAGAAGAAGAUGUGUGUUUUUUCCUUUAUAAACCUUAGAAAUAUAUAGCUCACCUUAUUAUGUGUUGUCAUCCAGGUCUUUUCUGUUUGGACGGGUUUGGAAACCAACCUCUUCACCUUGGAGUCUCUGUGUUUCUUCACAUGUAAAAUAAUCCUUUGUUUGUAAUUUUAACUAUAAAAUCGUCCUCUUGAUCACACUUUAACAUCAAGACAAUUGUAUUAAUAUUACUGUUUUUGUCGUUCUCCACCGUUUGCCAAGGUACAACAAUGAAAUCUGUGAAUUUGCAUAUUUUUAGUGACAAAGCAGACAAGGUACACUUCACCUUGGGCCUCGAGGCUCAUGUGAAGGAUUGUAAUGUUUUAAUGUUAAAUCUGUGAGUCAUUACAUGCCUGUGAUAAACUUAACGUGGAAUUCCCUUUUAGUGCUGUUGUCACCGAGACAUUAUAAAUGUAUGCAAAUCUGAAGGUGUAUUCUGUGGAUCGAGGCGGACUUACAGCACAAUAAGGCUGAAAUCCUCCCAUGUCUGUUUGUUAGUUGUGCUAUGAAACGUAAGAGCCCCCAUCUGUACAUCAAUACACACAAUCAUUUUUUUACUUUUUGUUUUUACAUGCUUUUGAAAAAAUAAAAUAAAAUGCUGGUMUUGACUUGG